GGAACUGGAUGCGGUAUGGGGUUAGUACUAGGCCGCUAUUUACAAUUCUAUUGCUCGGUGUGAAAACAAGCAAAUGCGGGGUAUCCCAAUCGGCUGGGCACAUGCACCCACCAUUAGAUAAAGUUGACAAAAAAGCAUCUAGAGUGAAUCGGGCCGAUCCGUUUAACCUCAUCUUUGGUACAACCAUAAUCAAAUAUCUUGUUUCUCUACUUCUUGAAUUCCACACUGAAAACAACAUCCCAAAUCCCACUUGACAAUUUGACAAGUAGGGGAAAUGUCCUCCGACGAGUCUUCCUUUUACCUCUACGGCGUUGGCGCAAGCCCCGAUGCUUUGACGCUAGGAAGCUUGGUAUUGGAGAAAUACUGGGAGCCCCUCAUUGCUCGGCAUUAUUCGCAUGCCUUACUCAAAGACCAGGAUCUAGAGGACAAUGUCUGGUCGAGUACCCUCAAAAACUGCAUAUUCUACGGUCGCACGAGACUGACGCCAGACGUCGGGGUGAGUGGAUUCGAGAUUAUCGAUUUGCGACUAGCUUGGCAGAAGGAUCAUGAGAGAAUUGUUAUGGCAAAGUCCGGGAGGAGGAUGACCUUGAAGGAUCCCGAGAAAUUCCUGCACACCCACGUCCUUACCAACCCCCAAGCCCAAUCCAGCCUCAAACUGUGGCUAUCCUCCGCCCGCAGUCAAUACGUGAUGAAUAUGAAAUGGGCACGACGACCGAAGAUCUGGCUCCUGACAGGCCUGUACAUUCUCGAGGGCACUCGCACGGUAGUCCGAAAAUCGACGUCGACGAAAGUCGAAGCAGGGGUGAAUUCGGCGCUUAUCGGUGCGGUCAGUAGCGUACCCAUCGGUGGAUCUAUUUCCCUGGGGAUGGGCGAUGAAUGGGAGAUGGCGAUGGAGAUGGAUGAAGGACAUGUAUGGGCGGCGCAGUAUCGGUUGGUUGAUGCGCGAUAUUUACUCGGUCGAUCUGGUCAAAAGGCUGGAGGAUUGCCGGUCAUAGGGCUGUAUAAGGAUAUAUUGAGUGUGAAUAUGAAGAGGGGGGGAACGGCGGAUGAGGUGGAAGUUGCUUUGUCUCCGGCUUCGGAGGCUGUUGAUGAGGAAAAGGAUGAGAAGGACGAGGAGGCGUACGAGGAGUAUGAGAAGAAGCUGGAGGAAGCGAUUCGGAUAUUCGAGGAUGCACCGCGGAUGUUGCUCAAUUGAUAGUGAUAUCUGGAAUAGCAUAUCUAGUCUAUAAUAAUUGCUGCAUCGUAUACGGCAUCAAUUCGAGAUUAAUAUAUUAGAAAGUUAUAU